AUGGUUCUCGCAAAAUCCAAAAACACCGUGGGACUGGGCAACAGUCUCAUGAACGAUCGAUUCGGACGAGGCAAAGCAUCAGCCCAGAAGAAAGUAUCACACAAUGCCUCAAUUGCACGAAAGAAUCAGAGCGGAGAGACGUAUAUCACGAAUGCAGCAAAGGAAGCAUCGUGGGUGAAAAUGCGAAGUAUUACCGAGCAAGCCGCACUGGACGAGUUUCUUAGCACGGCCGAGUUGGCAGAUACCGAUUUCACUGCGGAGAAGAUUAAUAACGUCAAGAUUAUACAUACCGAUCAGAAGAACCCUUUUUUGUUGUCGGCGGCGGAGGAACGGUUUGCUGUGAAGAAACAACAGAAGAAUAAAGAGCGUUUGACUAUUCCCAGGCGGCCGAAGUGGGAUUCAAGUACAACACCGGAGCAGUUGGAUUCUAUGGAGAGACAGUCUCUGCUUGAAUGGAGAAGAGGAUUGGCCGAACUACAAGAGAGCAAUGAUCUUUUAAUGACACCAUUUGAGCGAAACGUCGAGGUUUGGAGACAAUUAUGGCGUGUUAUCGAGCGAUCAGACUUGAUUGUGCAAAUUGUCGAUGCAAGGAACCCCCUUCUUUUCCGUUCGGAGGAUUUGGAAAAGUACGUAAAAGAGAUAGAUCCCAAGAAACGGAAUCUUUUGCUUGUGAACAAGGCCGAUAUGAUGACCUUGGAACAGCGAGAGCUGUGGGCGGAUUAUUUCGAAGAGCACGGCAUCAGCUACCGUUUCUUCUCUGCCCAUUUGGCCAAAGAGCGCAAUGAGGCACGCUUACUUGAUGAGGAUGAGGGUUCAGAAGAAGAGAGCGACGAUGCGGAGGAUUUGGCUGGAGAAACCGAACAGAAAAUGAMCCUUCAAGAAAAGCAASGAGCCGAUGAAGAAUGGUCGAGUGAAGAGGACAUCGACGACGAAGCACGCAAAGAACUACAGUCUGCAAAGACUGAAAGCGAGUUGAGGACCAGAAUCCUUGAUGUCGAAGAAUUGGAGGAACUCUUUCUGGCAAACGCCCCUCAACCAGAAGAAGGCUCCGAUAAACCACAAAAGGACAAGACGAUCAUUGGUCUUGUCGGCUACCCCAACGUCGGAAAGUCAAGCACUAUCAACGCACUCCUCGGAGCUAAGAAGGUGUCGGUUUCCGCAACACCCGGUAAAACGAAGCAUUUCCAAACCCUCUACCUGUCACCCAACCUACUUCUUUGCGAUUGCCCUGGUCUGGUGUUCCCUAAUUUUGCAAGCACAAAGGCGGAGUUGGUCGUCAACGGUGUGCUUCCCAUCGAUCAAUUGCGUGAGUUUACAGGUCCUGCUGGACUUGUGGCACAUCGCAUCCCGAAGCAUUUCUUGGAAGCAGUCUAUGGUAUAAAAAUCUAUACGCGGCCUGUUGAAGAAGGUGGAACUGGAAUACCUAAUGCCAACGAACUCUUGCGCGCUUAUGCUAGAGCUCGUGGAUUCGCAACGUCAGGUUUAGGUCAGCCUGAUGAAUCUCGUGCGGCACGUUAUAUUCUCAAGGAUUACGUCAACGGAAAACUUCUAUACUGCCAUCCACCUCCGGCCACAAAGAUAGGCGAUGAGGACACCGAAGGCACUCCAGUCGUUGACCCUGCCGAGUUCAACCACGAUCUAUACAACCUCGCCCAUCUACCAGAGAAGCGACGCGCACAACUCCUCAAAGCCGUCUCCAGCGAAGGAGGUCUUGAUAACCUCGACGACACCGCCUCCUCCUUCUCCGAAAUCAAUCCCCCCUCCCAAACCUCCUCAGCAACAACAGUACCUGAGCUGGGUCCCCGCUCCCAACGUCUCGACAAGGGCUUUUUCGGCCCUGGCUCAGGCCGUACUGCGGGUCAUCAAACCAUGCCUUUCAACUAUAAAUACUCGCAACAAGGGAAAGCGAAAGAACUCACUGGUCGAAAGGAGAAGGCCAUGAUUGCUUUAGAAAAAAAUAUUGAUCCGUCUGAAGUUAAAGCUAUGAUGGGUUCUUCGAAGAAGCAUUUCAAGGGUGGGAAGAAGACGCAUAAGAGUAAUAAAGGGAAGGCGCCGUUGGGUGUUGGUGCUGAUGAUUAUGAUGGGUAUUGA